AUGGCUAACACAGAGCGUAUAAUAAAGCAUAUUAUACAAGAAAAAUUGUCAUUCACAUUAGUGGUUAAUAAAGUCGAUAGAUUAAUAUUGGAAUUGAGACUGCCUCCCAAUGAUGCCUACUUUAAACUUAAACAUACAAUCGAAGAAGUUAAUACAGUGAUUAGCCAAUACGCCCCAGGUCAAGAUAUUCGUGUGUCACCUGAACGUGGAAAUGUAUGUUUUGCUUCUAGUCAGAUGGGAUGGUGUUUUUCCUUAAGAUCUUUUGCAAAACUUUAUUCCGAUGCUUAUGGCGAUAUAGACCCUGACGAGUUUGCAAAACGUUUAUGGGGUGAUAUUUAUUAUAACCCUAUAAAAAAAUCUUUUAGUAGAAAAAGUCUUGAAAGAGAUAGUCAACGCUCUUUUGUUCAUUUCAUCUUAGAACCUUUAUUCAAAUUAUAUGCUCAGGUUAUUGGGGAAGAUGAAAAUACAUUGAAACGUACAUUAGCAUCUUUGGGUAUUUGCCUAAAAGCAUCACAUUUUCAAUUGGAUGUCAAACCAUUGCUUAGAAUAAUAUUAGAUCAAUUUUUUGGUCCUCCAAUUGGUUUUGUGGAUAUGGUAAUUGAACACAUUCCAUCCCCAAAAGAUAACGCUGCCAAAAAAGUUGAACAUAUUUACACAGGAACAAUGGAUUCAACGGUGGUAGAGUCAAUGCGUAAUUGUGAUUCGGGCGGUCCAUUGAUGAUAUACAUUACCAAAUUGUAUAAUUCAGCCGAUGCUUCAACAUUUGAUGCAUUCGGUCGUAUCAUGAGUGGUACAAUUAGAAAAGGUCAAUCUGUAAGAGUUCUUGGUGAGGGUUACUCAACAGAAGAUGAGGAAGAUAUGACCAUACAGGAUGUCACUAAUGUCUGGAUAUUCGAAUCUAGAUACAGAAUUGAAGUUGGUGGAAUGCCAGCAGGAAGUUGGGUACUAUUGGGUGGUGUUGACAAUUCAAUAGUAAAGACAGCAACAAUAACUGAAAAGAAUAUCGAUGAAGAUUUAUAUAUUUUUAGACCAUUGUCUUUCAUCACUACUGCUGUACUUAAAGUGGCUGUUGAGCCUGUCAAUCCCUCAGAACUACCCAAAAUGUUGGAUGGUUUAAGAAAAAUAAAUAAAAGUUAUCCUAUUCUAAUCACAAAAGUUGAAGAAUCUGGAGAACAUAUAAUACUUGGUACAGGAGAAUUAUAUCUGGAUUGUGUCCUUCAUGAUCUUCGUAGAAUGUAUGCUGAAAUCGAACUUAAAGUUUCUGAUCCGGUGGUUCGAUUCUGUGAAACAGUGGUUGAUACCUCUGCUUUGAAAUGUUUUGCAGAAACCCCAAAUAAAAAGAACAAAUUAACAAUGAUAGCAGAGCCGUUAGAGAAAGGUAUAGCAGAAGAUAUCGAGUCUGGUAAAGUUAGUAUAAAAUGGCCAAUCAAAGAUAUUGCAAAAUAUUUUGAAGAAAAAUAUUCAUGGGAUGUACUGGCUGCUCGUUCUAUAUGGGCUUUUGGACCUGAUGAAAAUGGUCCCAAUAUUUUGGUCGAUGAUACUUUACCUUCAGAGGUGGAUAAAAAUUUAUUAAAAAGUAUUAGGGAUUCAGUAAGACAAGGGUUUCAAUGGGGAACUCGUGAAGGGCCAUUAUGUGAUGAACCAAUUCGUAACGUAAAGUUUAGAAUAUUGGAUGCAGUUCUUGCACCAGAACCUAUUUAUAGAGGUGGUGGCCAAAUCAUUCCUACUGCAAGACGUGUCUGUUAUUCUUCUUUCUUGACGGCAACACCAAGAUUAAUGGAACCCGUUUACUAUGUUGAGAUACAAGCACCAGCAGAUUGUGUAUCGGCUGUAUACACAGUCCUAGCAAGAAGAAGAGGACAUGUAACACAAGAUAUUCCUAAACCGGGUUCACCAUUGUACACUGUUAAAGCUUACAUUCCAGUAAUAGAAGCUAAUGGUUUUGAAACUGAUAUGAGAACUCAUACACAAGGUCAAGCAUUUUGUCAACAAAUGUUUGAUCAUUGGCAGAUUGUUCCUGGAGAUCCAUUAGAUAAAUCAAUUGUACUUAAACCAUUAGAACCUAGUCCUGCUCAACAUUUAGCAAGAGAUUUUAUGGUUAAAACUAGACGACGUAAAGGUUUAUCCGAAGAUGUUUCUGCUAACAAGUUUUUUGAUGAUCCCUUACUUCUUGCACUUGCACAAUCUGAUAUACUUGCACAAAAGUAUUGUAAAGUUUCAGCCCGUGACAAUGUUUUGAGCUAUGCUAGUUUAAUACAAGACCCUGCUCUUGAUACUUUUACUGUGAUUUUAGAUUAUGCUGAAAAUAGUUUACGAGUACCAAUGAAUUAA